GGGAAGCGAAGGCUAUCGGAAUGAGCGCUCAACAGGUGAUCCUACAGGCCUCAGUUGGAUAAUUAUGGAAACUACCAGUGUCUCAUCCCGAUCCCGCCCAGACUCAGUUUCGGACGUAAAUCCGGAAAGUAUGAACUUGGAUGGUGCUAGUACUGCAAAGUUGCAAGGU